CCUUCUCAUCAACACAAACGCAUCUUCCACCAUCAGCAGCCGAGGCAGCCGGUAAGACACAGUGGCCAGCAGGACUGCACUGCCGCAGCAGGAGUGUACACUGUAGAUGAUGGACUGGGCCCCUGUGGUGGUAGGGGUGGUGUUGUUCGUGGUGCUCACGCCGGGGCUGCUGUUCGAGCUGCCGGGGACGUAUGGGAGGAUCGACUUCGGCGGCCUCCGCACCACCGGCAAGUCCAUCUUCGUCCACACCCUUGUCUUCUUCACCAUCUUCGCCGUCAUCAUCCUCGGGUUCGAAGUCCACAUCUACACCGGCGCGCCUAGCUAGCUGCAUAUGCAUUACAUGCCUGUGUGCCUCACAUAAUGAAGCACCUCUCGCCAACGUUGCCAAGCCGAUCAGCAUGCGCCCUGUUUCAUAUACGUGUGGUUAAUUUAUUGGUCAAGGUGGCCACAUACUCCCUCCGAUCCAAAAUAGUGGCGCAGUUUUGAAUUAAGGUUAAUUCAAUCUUAAUUCAAACAUGCGACACUUGUUAUGAAUCAAAGUGAGUAGUUUAUGACUAUCUCUGUACCGUCUUAUAUUAAGUUACACAGAACGUGGACACUAAAGUAGUUCGGUGAACUGCAGCUUAUUGUUCAGCCUGUACCAAGCGAUCAAAGUCUUAAUUAACAUGCAGCUUCUCAUGACCUUUUGUUGGAUUCAUCAACAUCAGCAUAGUUUCGUUUCAUUUUGUCUUUUGUCAUAGGGUUU